CUGCUGUUGAGCAAGCACUGCAGCGGACAGACAGACUCAGAGCGUUUCAUGUUUUUGUGAAAGUGUGCAAACCUGAGCAAUGACUGCAAACAGAGAGGGAAUGCACACCAAUCUGAUCGACGGACCUGAAGAUGACUGCAGCAGUCCAGAGGUGCGAUAUUCAGUAUUUCAGAACCCAGAUAAAAGCAGAAAGCUAUUUUGCCAAGAUCCCUUCAAGGUGGCAACGGCAUGCCUGACUGCCUUCUGCCUCGUCUUACUCAUGAUCCUGGUGGUCACAAGUGUUCACAGCGGUAAGACACGUUCAUCUGAUCAGGAUUCCCAAUCUAGCGCUGCUGAAUCGCACAUGCAGAAGAACUGCGCUAACGUAUCGUCUCUGACCGAAGAACUGCAGGCAGUGAAGAAAGAAAAGAGUGAACUGGAGAAAGAACGGACGCAGUUGAAAAACAGAAUCACUGAGCUUGGUUAGUGAGGUGCAAGUGCAUGCAUUUGUGCUAUCAACAAACAAUAUCUGUUGCAUUUCAUAACGUUAAAAUGUUGGGUCUUUUUAGAGGCAACCCCUGUAACACAAACCACUCCAUUGCCAAAAAAUCCCUGUCUUGAAGACUGGAAGCACUUUAAUGGCAGCUGUUACUACGUCUCAGAAUACCGAAGGAGCUGGUCGGACAGUCAGGCGUACUGCAAGCGACAAGGAGGACAUCUGGCCAUCAUCCUCACAGCUGAGGAACAGACGUUCAUAUGGAACCUGCUGCCCCGUGGAUACUGGAACGCUUACUGGUUUGGCAUAAGUGAUGAAAAAAUAGAAGAAGACUGGUACUGGGUGGACGGGACUAAACUAGUUGGAGGCUUCUGGGAAGAUGGUGAGCCCAACAACCAUAUUAAUGAAGAUUGUGGCUACAUGAUUAAAACAAAUGUGUUAAGCCGUGUGGCUACAAAGAGCUGGUAUGACGCACCCUGUUACAUGUCCUUGCCCUGGAUCUGUGAGAAACUGGUGUCCUCCUGAUCUUCGCUCCUACCAUCGUCAUCCUCUUCACCACCAUCAUCGACAGACAUUCAUUGAUUGUUAGUAAUACAAGCUAUCAUGCAAUUUCCAUUGCAUUGAGAAAGUCUGGUCUCAGGGUUUUCAGUCAGUGUUUAAAAUGUUAAAAUGACUAACUGCAAUCAUGGGUCAAAAAAAAGCAAAUAACUGUUUAUUUUACUCUAACACCAUAUAUGCAUUAAUCUACAUUUAGCUAUGCUUUUUAACACUGGACGUUUUAGUGAUGUCAUUUAACUGCUUGAAUUUUAUAGAAAAAUCAAUUGAGGCUGAUUUAUCAUUAAAAAAAAU